CAAAAACUGAGAAGUACCUUGUCAUAUCAAUGUACCUUAGUAUCUCGUUGAGAUAACUUGGUGAGAAUUGGUUUUAACAUGUGCAAAGUGACAAGUGCAACAUGUGGACUUGUGCGGAAGAUUUUCGUCUUGUUUUACAAUCCGUCGAAGAUGACCUCCGCAAGCAAGUAUCGGAGCUCCGUGCGAAGGUCAGCGACUUCAUGCCCAAACUGGCCAUCGUCCAGGUGGGCGGUCGCGAGGACUCCAACGUUUACAUCAGGAUGAAACUGAAGGCAGCCGAGGAUAUUGGCAUGACCGCCGAACACAUACGCCUGCCAAGAGAUAUCACCGAAAAUGAGCUGCUAGCUCAAAUCAACGCUCUGAACACCUCUCCCAGCGUCCAUGGUAUCAUCGUCCAGAUGCCACUAGACACCGACAAUGACAUCGACUCGCACAAGAUCACCGACUCUGUGUCACCAGACAAAGAUGUUGAUGGCCUUAACACGAUAAACGAGGGUAAGGUAGCAGUAGGCGACAUGAGUGGCUUCAUUCCCUGCACGCCAGCGGGGUGCGUAGAGCUGAUCAGAAGAACCGGCGUGACUAUAGCUGGCAAGAACGUGGUGGUGCUGGGCCGCAGCCGCAUCGUCGGCACGCCUGUCGCAGAGCUGCUCAAGUGGGAACACGCCACGGUCACCGUCUGCCACUCCAAGACAAAGAAUCUUAGCGAGAUCACGAGGUCAGCUGACAUCCUGGUGGUGGCCAUCGGUCGCCCGGAGAUGGUGCGCGGCUCCUGGAUCAAACCCGGGGCCGUCGUCAUCGACUGCGGCAUCAAUGCUAUCCCAGACUCGACGAAGAAGAGCGGUCAGCGGCUGGUAGGCGACGUGGCAUACGCGGAGGCGGCGGAGACGGCGUCGCAUGUGACGCCGGUGCCGGGCGGCGUGGGCCCGAUGACGGUGGCGAUGCUCAUGCGCAACACCGUGCUGGCGGCGCGCCGGCAGGUCGACCGCCUGCUGCUGCCCGCGUGGCCGCUGCGCCCGCUGCGGAUCAAGCCGCUCUCUCCGGCGCCUAGUGACAUCGUAAUCGCGCGCUCCCAGAAGCCUAAGGACAUCAGUGAGUUGGCGACAGAGAUCGGCCUGUACCCGAAUGAAGUGGCGCAGUAUGGACGCACUAAGGCCAAGAUCGCUCUCUCCGUGCUCGACCGCUUGCGAGGCCAGCGCGGUGGCAAGUACAUCGUCGUUGCUGGCAUAACACCGACUCCCCUGGGCGAAGGCAAGAGUACGACUCUGAUCGGUCUGGUGCAGGCGUUGUCGGCGCACCGCGGGCGUAACGCUUUCGCUUGCAUGCGCCAGCCCAGCCAGGGUCCAACCUUCGGCGUCAAGGGCGGCGCCGCUGGCGGUGGCUACUCUCAGGUGAUCCCCAUGGAAGACUUCAAUCUGCACCUGACGGGCGACAUCCACGCAGUAACAGCUGCCAACAACUUGCUGGCUGCUCAGAUGGAUGCUAGAAUAUUCCACGAGCUCACACAGAAGGAUGGACCCUUGUACGACCGCUUGGUGCCUAAAAUCAAGGGUACGAGGAAAUUCUCACCUAUCCAAGUGAGGCGGCUUAAGAGGCUGGGCAUCAACAAGACGGACCCCGAUGCGCUGACUGAUGAGGAGAGGACCAAGUUCGCGAGGCUCAACAUUGACCCUAAGAAGAUCAUGUGGAACAGAGUGGUGGACUUGAACGACAGGUACCUGCGCAAGAUCACAAUCGGCCAGUCUCCCACAGAGAAGGGAUUCACCCGCGAGACCCAGUUCGACAUCUCAGUGGCGUCGGAGAUCAUGGCUAUUCUGGCUCUGGGGAAGGACAUUGAUGACAUCAAGGAACGUCUGGCGAACAUGGUGGUGGCUCUCGACACUAAUGGGAACCCUGUCAUCGCUGAUGAUUUGGGUAUAACGGGCGCUCUGUUGGUGCUGUUGAAAGACGCGUUCGAGCCGACCCUGAUGCAGACCUUGGAAGGGACCCCGGUGCUGGUCCACACGGGGCCGUUCGCCAACAUCGCUCACGGGUGCUCCUCCAUCCUUGCUGAUCGCAUCGCUAUGAAACUCGCGAAGGAGAAUGGCUAUGUCGCCACUGAGGCCGGCUUCGGGUCCGAUAUUGGCAUGGAGAAGUUCUUCGACAUCAAGUGUCGCGCGAGCGGUGACAAGCCGCACUGCGCCGUUAUAGUGGCUACGGUCCGCGCGCUCAAGAUGCACGGCGGAGGGCCGCCGGUGGCCCCAGGGCUACCUCUCCACGACGUCUAUGUACAGGAGAAUCUGGAGCUCCUGGGCAAGGGUCUGUGCAACCUGGGCAAGCAUAUUAGCAACGGCAACAAGUUCCACGUACCAGUCGUCGUCGCCAUUAACAGACACGGAUACGACAGUGAAGCAGAAUUGAACUUGAUCAAGCAAUUUGCUCUACAAAACGGCGCUUACCGCGCAGUGAUCUGUGAUCACUGGGCUAAGGGCGGCGCGGGCGCCGUCGACUUAGCCGACGCAGUGAUCGAAGCUUGCGAAGCGCCUUCCAACUUCGACUACCUGUACCCACUAGGGCUGACCAUUCAGGAGAAGAUCGCUAUCAUUGCCAAGGAAAUGUACGGAGCUGGCAACAUCGAGUACACUGCGGAUGUCCUUGAGAAGAUUAAGGUGUUCACUGAAAAGGGCUACGACAAGCUUCCGAUAUGCAUGGCGAAGACCUCCAACUCUCUCACCGGUGACCCAGCAGUCAAGGGGGCCCCUACAGGCUUCACACUUCGCAUCAAUGGUAUCUUCGCCUCCGUCGGCGCUGGGUUCGUCGUCCCCAUGGUGGGAGAGAUCUCCAAAAUGCCUGGCCUCCCCACCAGGCCAAGCAUUUACGACAUCGAUCUAAACACUAAGACCGGGGAAAUCGAAGGCCUAUUCUGAUCUGCUAUUGAUAUUUUUAUUGUUAUAUCGCUAAUCUUGUAUGAAUAAUUAAAGAGUUUUAUUUGUUUUAA